UCAGGUCUCUUGCGUCUUCUGCAGUGGCAGGCAUAUUCUUUACCACUGGGCCACCAAUUGAGAGCUGGAGGUGGCUUAAUGGAAUUGCGGUGAAAAUGAUCUCAUUUAUUUAAGCCAGCGUGAAAAUGUGAAGAUGAACAAAGGGAAUAUGAUGUCUUCGGUUUUCAAAGACGCAUGGAAGGCAAAUGAGACUAGAGGAAGACUUUCAGCUGAACUCUCAUCUCUCAACACUGGCAAAUAUUCAUAAGAUCUACCACACCCUUAAUAAGCUAAAUCUAACAGAAGACGUUGGCCAAGACGAUCACCAAACAGGAAGUCUGCGGUCUUGCAGUUCUUCAGACUGCUUUAGUAAAGUGAUGCCGCCGAGGAAAAAGAGAAGACCUGCUUCUGGAGAUGAUCUAUCUGCCAAGAAAAGUAGACACGAUAGCAUGUAUAGAAAAUAUGAUUCAACUAGAAUAAAGACUGAAGAAGAAGCCUUUUCAAGUAAGAGGUGCUUAGAAUGGUUCUAUGAAUAUGCAGGUACUGAUGAUGUUGUAGGUCCUGAAGGCAUGGAGAAAUUCUGUGAAGACAUUGGUGUUGAGCCAGAAAAUGUAGUUAUGCUUGUCCUAGCUUGGAAAUUGGAUGCACAAAAUAUGGGUUAUUUUACUCUACAGGAGUGGUUAAAAGGAAUGACUUCUCUACAAUGUGAUACAACAGAAAAACUCAGAAAUACUUUGGAUUACUUAAGAUCAUUAUUAAAUGAUUCUACAAACUUUAAACUUAUUUACAGAUAUGCGUUUGACUUUGCACGGGAAAAGGACCAGCGAAGCCUAGACAUAAACACUGCCAAGUGCAUGUUGGGACUGUUACUAGGAAAAAUCUGGCCCCUUUUUCCAGUUUUUCACCAGUUCUUAGAGCAAUCAAAAUAUAAAGUUAUUAAUAAAGACCAGUGGUGCAAUGUGCUAGAGUUUAGCAGAACAAUUAACCUUGACCUCAGCAACUACGAUGAAGAUGGAGCAUGGCCAGUUUUGUUGGACGAGUUUGUGGAGUGGUAUAAAGACAAACAGAUGUCCUAGGACUUUAUGCAUAGCAGCGAGAGAGUCACUGUUACCACAGUCAUGUCAGCCGUUAGCCAUAAACCGCUGUUUGUGUCCAAGCGCAUGCUGCUUUCUUGCACUGUCUCCCUUUGGCAGGGACGUCUUGGUGUUUGCUAUUGAAUGGGCCAGCUCUGCUUGCUGUGUAGCAUUGUUCUCUUGGAAGGCUGCUUUGCAGUUUGUAUUUACACUACAGAUUGGUGAAUUUGCCAACGUCCUCACUGUGAUUAUGUGUAUAUUGCUGUUUAAAUUUUGUAUAUGUGUAUAAAAAGACAAAGCUUCACCUAGAGAUUAUUUCUGCAAAAAUGUAUUGUAAAAUAAUUUUUGUGGCAUAUUUCUAGUCCCUUUUUUCAGAUGACCCAAUUACACUUUUCUUUGGUCUCAAAAUGUAGCAUUUCAGAACACAAGACAGAACAGCUGUUACCAUAUGCAAAUGUUGCCAGAAUUAACCUUAUUAUUUAAGAGGCCAACUUUGAAAGGAGGUGGGAGUCGUAACUUUCAGAGGCGUUAUGCCAAAUCUAAUUUGGUUUACUUAAAUAUUAGCAUUUUGAAGUGAUGAAAGUUAGAAUAAUUGAACAUAUAGACCCAUACCAUGCCACAAAUCAUCUCUACCAUGCAGGAUAUAGGUUUUGAUUUUCUAAUGUUAAAGCUGUCAUAGUUUGAAUAUAGGUACAGAUGAACAAAUUACAAUUGCACCUUUUUUCCCCGUUGGUUUUAAACCCUUGUACACUUUUUUAGUGCUUUUUUUUUCUUUUGCAUUCUUCUAGUCAGUGUUUGUUCUGCUGAUGCUUUCUAUGCCAUUCUAAGUAAAAUUUACUUUGCCGCCUCCAUGAAAACCUAACGGUUUGCUGGCAAUUUAUAACUGCAGAGCACUUUUAGUUGUGGCUUGAAUUUUUAGUUAAGCUUUCAUGGUGUCUAAUUUUCUAGUUUUGCGGGGGCGGGGGGUGGGGGAAGAACUAUACUGUAAGUGAGAGGUGUUUUGUUUUGUUUUCCUUUUUUUGUUUCUUUCAUGCUAGGCUUUUCCUGGCAGAAUGUCCAUUGCAGGCAGUGGACACGACACCACCAGCAUUGAGCUAAAAACUCUAUUACACGGUAGGACCUUUCCUGGAGGGGCCGCUCGUCAUUACCUGAGUAAUAUGUACAGAGAGGUGAUAGCCAUUAUUUAUGUGGGUGAGGAAACAGGAGCAAACGGGACGGUAUUUUUAGGUUUGUAUUUUAUGUGUUUUUUUUUUUUUUUCUUUUCUUGUCUUAACCCUUCUCAAGGAAAUGUAUAAAAAACAUGCUUCUCCCUCAACUCUCUGGUGCUAUUGAAUGACUUAACUUAGUCCCUAAAGUUUUGUGAGAACACAGUAGGCUAAUGACUUAAACGAAGUGAAAGUUACUGGUGCAUUUGAGCAAGUGAAUGCAUAGUUGUGAGCAGAAUCCAUGACUGAACAUGUGCCAGUUGGAAGAGGUUCAGAUUAUUUCAAAACCUGGCCCCAAAACCUUUUGGGUCAAAUGUGAACCUUUAAAUGGCAUUAUGAGUAAAGCACACAGACGAUGCUACUGUUUGACUAUGAUUUCAGUUUCUUUGCAAACAGUGUUCAGAUUUUCAUACCUUUUUUUUCCCUAAGUGAACCACCAAAGACAGGAAUUUUGUAUGUAUAUACAGUGUGUGUGCGUAUACAAAACCAUGACCUGGUAGAAUGAAAUUCAUUUCCUUUUUCUACCAAAUAGAAAGGUUUGGUUUGCUGUGAAAUAAACCAGAAGUUUGAAAAACUCUGUAGUGAUUAAGCAUACUUUAUCAUUCCUUGUUUAGAAGCUGUAGACUCCCCUUCUACCUUACACAUUCACACCAGUUUGCACAAAUUCAUCCCUGAAAAGAACAGAAGACGUUGACAGCAAGCACAGCUCCUGAGACCAGUGUGUUGAAAGGGCUUCCAUUCCGACGGGUGCCUAUUAACUCCAUUGGCAGUUGGCUAUAGGCAGGUUCCGAUCUGUGGAGAACUUGAUUCAUUUUCAAAAGGGUCCCAUGAAGUUAACAAAUCACACUUUAAAGGCAGCAGUUCUUAAAUUUGAUCGACUCUAGUUUUGUUUAAAGCAAAUAGAAAUCAUCAUUAAAAUUAUUUUGAAAGCUACUGUAAGAAACUGGAGAAUUUUUUAACAGUAAGCACAGUUAAUCCCAAAAUAAGAGUAUGGCUACAGGGAAAAUGUUACAUUUUAAUACAUAGUGAACAUUUUGAUGACAGGGGUUUUGGAAAAGCCAAGCAAAAAUUAUUUCAUGAUGUGUAACAUGGAAGUAAGUAUUCCAAAAGGAUGAUCUUGCCUAUUAGAAGAGGCCAAAUAAUCUCUGAAUUCCCUUGAAAAAUAAAUCUCUGUGACUGCAGCGUGCUUGCCCUUGGUUUCUGUGAUUUUAUGCAGUUAUUUUUAAGGGGAAGAAGAGCCAGAAGUAAUAAGAUAUUUUUUCAUGAAAAUCUCCCUGAGUUAUAUAAGUUGAGCAGUCACCAAGCACUUAUUUAUGGGCAAAUGCUAAGUAAAUGAGGGUGCCUUUUUCUGGUUUUUCUUUAUCACCUACAUCUCCACCCUUUCUCUCUUUCUGUUGUGUUUUGGCCUCCACGUUGCAAUACUGUGUGAUAAUGGAACCCAACUUUUAGAUGUUUACUGUUGCGGUAGGUCGGAAAUUGCAUUAUUUGAUUUGCCAUAAUCAUCCUCUAUAAUGUUACGUGCAGCUUAUUCGAAGCAUGACCUCUGAACUAAGUUUUUGUAAAGCUGACUAGACAGACUUCUAGGAUCUGGAUUAACAACAGACUUCUGUUGCCUCUCAGUCUCCAUCUUAACAGUGCUUUUGAAGUUUAUACAGAAAGCUUUAAAAGAUAGUUUGUGCCCUUGGUUUUUAUUCUUACAACUGCUAAAAUACCUCUGUAAGCCUUAUCUUUUAUUCUUUCAUAUGUUGUAUAAUAAAUGUAUAGAAUCCAUUGACCAACUAAACUGUUGGGUGUCUGUAAAUGAGACCAAAAUGUGGGUUGCUUCUUUUCAUGAGGUCAUUUCUCGGGGUUACUGUCGGUGAACUGCAGCUAACCUGUAACUGUGAAUGCUUCGUGUCCUCAGUAUUUGCAUCACCUUCAUAAACGUGUGCAAGUCCUGUGACUCCCAGCUUAACUGAAAUAUUGUUAUGCCACCUAACUUGAGUACAGCAAACUGGUUUUAAGUUUUAAUGGAAUUGAUGUAAAAUGAUACCCCAUAAAUAAAAGAGUUAUUUGUGUUUGGUUUCAGAA